UUACUAUUCGUUGUUUUUGUUGCGCUCCGUGAUAGUUUAUCCUCCUCCGCUGUGUUAUUAUUAAUUAAUUGUUAAUCGAGAACCGAAAACCAAAUAAAAACCGUGCAAAAUGGCCAUUUGACAUUUGUAAACUAGUGCACAAAAGUGUGUGAAUUGUGCAUUGAAAAGUUAAACACAAAAAAAAAUAUAAGAAGGAAAAUGGAAUAGCUCUCUCGCUUGCGCUUACUGGCUCACCUCUCUUUCUCUCGCUUUUGGAGCAAAAGAAAAUCAGUAUAAAGGAAUAAAAAAAAAAACAACAAAACCAACAAAAAUCCAAACACGAAUGUAAAUGUGAAGCCAAAUUGCAGAGACAAAAACGAACAGCAGGCAAAUAAAUAGCAAAGACGAGGAAAGCAAGAUAAGCGAGUGAGAGCUUGUUUGCUUGAGUUAAUUGAGUGACGCGUCCGAUAAGAAAGGAGGCAACUUUCAACCCAAAAGAGAACCCUCCUCCUCCGCUUAUCGUAUAGCCAGCCAGCCAGCUUAGAACACAGGCUGAGUGGAGGCAUGUCGCACGGCAGUGCCGGCGGCGGUGGGGCGCAAACUGUUGGUGCCGGUGCUGGUGUCGGUGUCGGUGGUGCCGGUGGUGGUUUGGGUGGCGCUGCAGCUGCAGCAGCUGCCGCAGCCGCUUCAGCUGGAGGCGAAUAUCGUGAAUUGCACUGGACAGUGUCAAGUGUCAUGGACUCGUCGCGUGUUUCCACCUGCCUAAUAUCGAUGCUGCUCAUUGUCUAUGGCAGUUUUCGCAGUCUUAAUAUCGAACAGGAGGCCCGCGAACGUGAGCAAAAGAAACGCAAUGAAUCAAUGACAAAUCUCUUGACUGGGGAGCAAAUCGAAAAGGAGACAACGGAUAAAUUUGCCACUUUGGAUACGAUGCAUGCGUUGUGUUUGCCUUUGGGUGCUUCCAUAUCAUUGUUAAUAAUGUUCUUUUUCUUUGAUUCGAUGCAGUUGCUCUUCGCCGUCUGCACAGCCAUAAUAGCCACUGUGGCUUUGGCCUUUCUUUUGUUACCCAUGUGCCAGUAUAUCAUACGUCCCUGUACGGAUAGUAAACGUUUCUCAUUUGGCAUCUGUGGACGUUUUACGGCAGCUGAAUUAUUUAGUUUCACCUUAUCCGUGUCGAUAGUAUGCAUAUGGGUAUUGACUGGACACUGGCUGUUGAUGGAUGCCAUGGGAAUGGGUCUGUGUGUGGCGUUUAUUGCGUUUGUACGGUUGCCCAGUUUAAAGGUGUCCACGCUGCUGUUGACCGGCCUGCUUAUCUAUGAUGUCUUCUGGGUAUUCCUAUCAUCCUAUAUAUUUAGCACAAAUGUCAUGGUCAAAGUGGCCACACGACCCGCCGAGAAUCCAGUUGGUAUUGUGGCGCGUAAAUUGAACUUAGGUGGCAUUGUGCGCGAUACGCCCAAAUUGAAUUUGCCCGGAAAAUUGGUAUUUCCCAGUUUACACAAUAGUGGGCACUUUUCUAUGCUGGGUUUGGGUGAUGUUGUUAUGCCGGGAUUAUUGUUAUGCUUUGUGCUGCGCUAUGAUGCGUAUAAAAAGUCUCAAGGCGUAACAUCGGAUCCCACAUUAUCACCGCCAAAGGGUGUCGGCUCUAGGUUGACAUAUUUUCAUUGUUCCUUAUUGGGCUAUUUCUUGGGUCUACUUACGGCUACGGUUAGUUCCGAGGUUUUUAAGGCCGCACAACCUGCCUUGCUGUAUUUGGUCCCAUUCACGUUAUUACCACUAUUGCUAAUGGCCUACUUGAAGGGCGAUCUGCGACGCAUGUGGAGCGAACCGUUUAUCGCGCAUCCCCCAUCAAAACAACUGGAAGUCUGAGUGUACUCUAUCGAAAAAUUAAUCAGCAAAUAAAGCAACACAAAAAACAAAAAAAGGAAUACCGAACACACAACAACAACAACAACAAAAAAUUCUUAUACUAACACAUUUCUCUCUUAAUAACGAUAAUGAGUAUAUGUAAUUUUUUCUAAUUUAUACGUAUCGGAACAGUUUUUUAUGUUAUGUUAGAUGAUGGAUCGAAUAAUAAUAGUUUAUAUAUUUGACAUAUAUAUAGGUUAAGUCGGUAAAGUUUUUAAACAAGAAGCAAAAAGAAAAGGAUAAUUCAAAGCAUAGAUAAAAAAACAAAAACAAAAAAAGAUAGAACAAAAGUUAUCGAAAUCUUUGGAAAUCAAUUAGAACAAAAGAUAAAACAGUUGAUGCUGAUCUUGUAGUAUUAAAGUUGGGGAAAAAUGGGCAAGAUUUACCAUUUACAUACAUAUAUAUAUAUAUACGUAUAUGGAUAGUAAACGCUUAAGACAUAGCAUUUUGGUCUUUAUUUGAGAUUUUAUUUCUUAUAUAAGUUUUGUUUGUUUAAACAAUACAAAAUGAAAAAUCAUUAUCGUAAUCCAUAAUCAUUUGCAAUCAAAAGUAGAGUGUAUACCGUAUGGCCGUCGUUUUUGUAAAUACUUAAGUUAAAAUUCAUCAA